UUCAUUGACAUUCAGUUGUGCUUUCGAUUUCGUCGGGUUCGGUUCGCAAAAAUACUAAUCGUAAUCCUUUAAAAACGGGCUCACCCAGGUCAACCUGCUUGAGAUAGUGUUGAGCCUUGUGGCUGGCGCUAUCAGCUCUUCAAGGUUCGGGAGCUCCUCGGACAGAGAUUUGAGGUUCGAACCUGAUAUGUUUUGGGCGACCAGCACUUGUACUCAUCUGCUGCUACCGCGACCUUGGUGAAUGUUUCUGAAGUGAAUCUCUGUGCUGUCCACUCCGCGCAACAAACAGUGAUUGAAGCCCUUUAGUGGUGUCCCGUGUGUGUCCCUUUCUGUUUCAAGUGGCGCCGACGAUCCUCGCCCAAGUCCUGAAGAAGCCACUCCAAGUGCGCCGACGAAAUCGUAACUAGUUUUCGGGUGUCCUGUAAAAUUCCAUGAUGUCAUCCAACAACAGUGUUGACCUGCUGGAGGACGGCGCGUUUGCCGCCAACAAGAACAGUUGGAAUCGCUACUACCAGAACAGCGUUGUCCAGCCACUACUCACUGAUCUCUACCAGAUUACGAUGGCGUACGCGUACUGGAAGUCCGGCAAGAUGGACGAUCACGCCGUGUUCGAUCUGUUCUUCCGCACGAACCCUUUCCAGGGCGAGUUCACCAUCUUUGCUGGACUGGAGGAGUGCCUCAAGUUCAUGGAGAACUUUCACUACUCGGAGACAGACGUUGAAUACCUGAAGCAUGCCCUGCCGCAGGGAAUUGAGGAGGAAUUCUUCGACUACCUUAGCCAGCUGACGGCCAAAGACGUCACGCUGUACGCCAUCGAGGAGGGUUCCGUUGCGUUUCCCAGAAUACCGCUCAUCAAAAUAGCAGGCCCACUGAUUAUUGUGCAAUUGCUGGAAACGACCCUGCUGACCCUGGUGAAUUACGCUAGCUUGAUGGCCACGAACGCGGCCCGAUACCGGAUGGUGGCCGGACGCCACAUCAACCUGCUGGAGUUUGGCCUUCGCCGAGCCCAGGGUCCCGACGGAGGCCUCUCGGCGUCCAAGUACUCGUACAUUGGUGGUUUUGACGGCACGUCCAACGUGUUGGCGGGCAAACUUUUCAACAUUCCGGUAAAGGGAACCCACGCCCACGCGUACAUUACCUCGUUCACCGGCAUCCAGGAGCUGAAGACGCGUGUGCUGGCCCACAAGGAAACCGGUGACAAGCGCGACCUGCUCGAGCUGGCUCUGCAGUACCGCGGUCAGCUGGCCAAGAUCCUGGACAUCUCGACGGACGAGUCGAGCGAGGGCGAGCUGGCUGCGAUGGUGUCCUUUGCGAUCGCCUUCCCCGACGGCUUCAUGGCCCUAGUCGAUACGUACGAUGUCAAGAGCGAUAAGCAUGACACAAAAAGUACGUUCCUGGGCGGUGGAGACCCCGGUUGUUUGCCCGACGGAACCCCCCAGUACGAUCCGUGCUGUCUGUUGACCGGGGACCACCGACCGACGCCGGACGACUACGACUGUGACUCGUUGCUAGAUAACCCGGACCCGGAGCUAGCCGACGUAGACUGCUUCGAGCCGACCGAGCUGGAAGGCACGGGGGAAACAGAAGGACAGGAUGAGGACGGCGGGCAGGAAGACGGAGGUGGCGGCGGUGGUGGCCCGGUCGUCGAUAGUAGUAACUGUUAUUAUUGUCGUGAUAGAGUGACACGUGCUAACAACGAUCCGUGUGCGAACGGUGGUAAUCUUCAGCAGGACGGCGAAGAAGAUACCAACGUCAGUAAUACCGAUACUAAUGAUGAUGGUAGUUUGCCUGCACAACCUCCAACAGCAGCUGAACCGGACCAGGUAUGUCCGGAGAAUGGCAACGGAACCGCCGACGAGGAGCUGCUGGUUGGCAACGGUGACGACGUCGUCAACUACGAGGUGGAAAUGCCCGAGGACAGCGAAGAGCUGAUGAUACCGUACACGGAACAGCAUCCACGAUGCUCCAACUGCGAGGCCAACGCACGCGAAACUCGACCGUGCGUAAUUGGGCACCUGAAGGCUGUCGGGAAGUGUUUCAGGAGCGGCCUGUUAAACUUUUGCGCCGUGGCACUGGCCCUCAACGAUCAGGGUUACCGUGCGGUCGGCAUCCGCAUCGAUUCCGGUGAUCUGGCCUACCUGAGCUGCCUGUCACGGGAGACCUUCGAGCGGAUCUCCGAGCGCUUCAAGCUGACCUGGUUCAGCAAGUUAACCAUCGUCGCAUCCAACGACAUCAACGAGGAAACGAUUCUGAGCCUGAACGAGCAGGGCCACAAAAUCGACUGCUUCGGCAUUGGAACGCACCUGGUGACAUGCCAGCGACAGCCGGCCCUGGGCUGCGUCUACAAGAUGGUCGAGAUCAACAGUCAGCCCCGCAUAAAACUGAGUCAGGACGUGGCCAAGGUGACGAUGCCGGGCAACAAGAACGUCUUUCGUCUGUACGGUGCCGACGGGCACGCUCUGAUCGACCUGCUCCAGCGGGUGGACGAGAGUCCGCCGGAGGUCGGCCAGAAGGUGCUCUGCCGUCACCCGUUUCAGGAGUCGAAGCGCGCCUACGUCAUCCCGACGCACGUCGAAGCCCUGUACAAGGUGUACUGGGCAGACGGGCGUGUGACGCAGGCGAUGCCUUCGCUGGAUGAGGUUCGCGAGCGGGUGCAGAACUCGCUGAAAACGCUGCGCCAGGACCACAAGCGCACGCUUAACCCGACGCCGUACAAGGUCGCCGUGAGUGACAACCUGUACAACUUCAUCCACGACCUCUGGUUACAGAACGCUCCGAUCGGCGAACUGUCAUGAUAAGUUUGCCCCCCAAAAAUUGAAUAAAAACACCACUUGGAAAUGCAUCCCCCACGUUUGCGGGAUGCUGCAAUUUGUUACGUAAUGCACUCAAAGUGUGUUAUGAUUGUGAAAAAAAACUCCCCUCCCAAACCGCGGGAGUCGAUUGUAAGGGUUUGUUAAAAAUUAUUUAAAACACAAUAAAAAAAAAUGUUAGCAAUUCCACACUGAAAAACACAGAUUGUAAUCCUACAGGAAGAGAAUAGAAAGCUGGAAAAGAAUGUCGAAAAAAAUGAUUGAAAAACAGAUUUUUGCACGAAGGCAGCGCAAGGGAUUGAUUCCGGAUGGAAGCUUAUUUUCAGAUGUGAAACACUGUUUAGAUCAUUCCGUAGCAAGCUCAAUGCUAAACUGUUUUACAACACCUUUUUAUUGCAGAGGAAAACAAAGUAACAAACAAACACAUAGUCAACGUAAAGUACAACCGGUUAUAACUGAAGCUUUUGAAUAAAGAUGUAGGAUUUUUUAAACCUAUUUUAUACUACAAAUUAACACUAAAAAGUUUGUUUUAUUUCAUUUAAAGUAGUGUUCACGAAUAGAAAAUCUUUCACCCAACCACAACGAAACCUUUCUGAGUAGUUUUGAACUAAACUGUUGAAAAUAAUUUCACUCCAAAACACGAUGAGGAUCACAAAAGCAGUGCCUUACCGGAAAACAGAUAUCGACAGCAUAAUUUUGAAAACAGAGAAAAAAAAUAGAAACACUUUAAGUGUCUAACGGUUAUCAUGUAAUUCUCGAAACACAAAUUUUUACUAAGUUCAAAUCUUAAAAUAAGCUUUCAUUUCAAAAAACAACAUUGAUGAAAAAUAUUUGAAAACCCACACUAAAUUUUUUUAACUGUUGAAGCAUAUUGUGGAACAUCUUUCCGAACAAACAAAAAAUUGUUAGCAGAUUUAUAAACACCAUAAAUAUUUAUUCUCAUCGACAAAGAGGUUAAAAAACAACACUUAUUGAACACUAUUAAAACAACCUAUAACAUACACAACAAUGGUAAAAAUAAAACAAUAUAAGCGAAAGAGCGUCGUCACACAAAAUUAGUAUAGUCAGAGUAAGGAAAGUUGUACUCGCCCGUGGGGCUUUGGAUAGUAAAUGUGAAUAAAACAUUUUAAAACACCAAAA